AUGCAUGGGGAGAGCAUAGUCAAAAGCUACCUUGUCCAGGAUCUCGUCGUCAGUGAUAUAAACGGCCAGAAUGGUAUACUGCUUCCAAAAACGUAUUCCAGACAAGAAAUUCCAGUGAGCAAUGAUCAAAUACCACGUCCAGAACUGUUACGACGCUGGCCAUAUCUUCACGACGUGGCAAAAUCGAUUCCUGAAGUAAUGCCAGAAAUAGACAUCGGUCUACUGAUUGGCAGUAAUUGCCCAAUAGCAAUGGAGCCUCUGAAAAUCAUAUCAACAGACGGCAAAGGCCCAUUCGCUCUGCAGUAUCGUCAUGGAUGGACAGUCAGCUCCCCGGUAGAAGACAACAGCGUAACGCCUACACAUCGGGUAAACAGUAAUCGCAUUGUGACCGAGGACAUUGAGCAGGCUACUGAAAUUCUCUCCCCAAACAGAAUACUGAAUAUUCUGAAAAGUGACUUUAUUGAUAGCCGGGUAGCAAGGUAUCCUGGAGAGAGAGGAUUGUCUCCAGAGGAUACUACAUUCAUGAAGAAGGCCGAAAGCAAUGUCGUGUUCAAAGAUGGUCACUUUGAGAUCCCUCUCCCUUUCAGGAAUCAGAACUUAAUGGUGCCAAAUAAUAAGAUCCUUGCAAUCAAACGAGCACUCUAUCAAAAGAAGAAAAUGCAAAAGGAUCCCAAGUACUACUCUGACUACGUCAACUUCAUUGACAAAAUACUCCAGAAUGACUAUGCUGAACAUAUCCCAGACUCCCUGCUCACAGCCAAAUCUGGACAUGUGUGGUACCUGCCACAUCAUGGAUUGCUGCAAGGGCCUGAUCUCACCAAUUCUCUGAUAGGUGUUCUAACCAGAUUCAGAGAACACCAGGUAGCCUUCACUUGUGACGUGGAGUCUAUGUUCUACCAAGUGAAAGUACCCAAACACCAAUACAACCAUCUCAGAUUCCUCUGGUGGCCGAACGGUGACAUAUCAAAGGAACUCGAAGAGUACUGGAUGAAGGUACACCUGUUCGGCGCAGUGAGCUCACCAAGUAUCGCCAACUACGCACUUAGACGUGUCGCAGAUGAAGGAAACAACUUAAGUUCAGAAGUCGCCCAUACAAUUAAGCGGAACUUCUACGUCGAUGACUGUCUAAAGUCUGUACCGAAUGCCAACGAAGCCAGUUCUCUGAUUGCUGAACUGACUGCCGCCUGCGGGGGCUGUGGAUUCAAACUGUGUAAAUAUACUAGUAAUGACGUCUCUGUCAUAAACACCAUCCCAGCUGACGAUCGAUCCAAAGAGUUAAAGACAAGAGACAUCAAUUAUGACCCCCUGCCUACAGAGCACGCCCUCGGAAUACUUUGGGUCGUCGAAACAGACACAUUUGGCUUCUCAGUGUUGUUGCCAGACAAACCGCUGACAAGAAGAGGCCAUUAUCUCCAUAGUAUCCAUCCAUCUAUGACCCCCUUGGUUUUGCGCUCCAUGCUCCAUUUGUGCUGCCGGCAAAGCAAUACUACAAGACCUCUGCAAAGAAACCACUCUCACCUGGGAUGA